CCUGUUUACCAUUGCCUUCCUCACCUGCUCCAAAGUUCUCUUAAAGAAGAGCCUUGGUCCAGUGCCCUCCCCACCCCACCACCAUUGUCCUUGCAGGCACUCAUAUGACAGAGGCAACAACAUAGUGUCUGGUUUAAGCAGGCGAGCUCUUCAAACCCAAGCCAUGGGCAAGUAUGAAGCCUGAACACAGAACGAUGUGGACCAGGAGUGCCAUGGCCUACCACACUGGGUCUACAGCAAUGAAGAAGAGGAUGUACGUGAGGUGGAUGAUCACACCAUCCACCCAGAAGCGGCAGAGGAGGAAGCCUUCUCCCCAGGCCCUGGGGAACAUUGUGGGCUGCAGAAUUUCCCACCAAUGGAAAGAAGGAGAUGAGCCUGUCACCCAAUGGAAGGCCAUCGUUCUAGAUCAACUGCCAACAAAUCCCUCUCUCUAUCUGGUCAAGUAUGAUGGAAUUGAUUGUGUCUACGGACUGGAACUUCACAGUGAUGAGAGGAUUUUAAAGCUUAAGUUCUUGCCUCACAAAGUAGUGUUUCCUCAAGUGAAAGACACCCAUCUCGCAAGUGCCAUGGUUGGCCGAGCUGUGGAGCAUAAAUUUGAGGGCAAACAUGGCUCUAAGUACAACUGGAGGGGGGUGGUCCUAGCCCAGGUGCCGAUCAUGAAGGACUGGUUUUACAUCACCUACGAGAAAGAUCCAGUCCUAUACAUCUACCAGCUCCUGGAUGAUUACGCAGAAGGUAACCUCCAUAUCAUUCCAGAGACUCCUCCAGCAGAGGUGAAGUCAGACGUUGACAGCGACAUCUUAACAGGUCAAUGUGUGCAGUUCACCAGAAGCGACCGGUCCAAAAAGAUCGGCAAAGUCAUUUACCAAGUUCUAGGCAAGCCUUCCGUGUACUUGUUCAAGUUUGAUGGCAACGUCCACAUCUAUGUCUAUAAUCUGAUGGAAAAGAUCCGUUAAGAUACCCACAUGCCUUUGACAACCCCAGUAUCUUUUCCAGUGGAAUUUGUUUUUGCUCUAAAAAUUAAAACGUGCGAUGUGACGUGUUGUGUGUGAACACUUUGGUGGAGGAGACGGGCUGUGGUGGAUGGAACAUCGAGAGGAAGCCAGAAAAGUCAAG